CGAGCCCGAGGGCGAACGGGUGGGAAGUUGCGGGAAGGUCUGGGGACUGAGCCCGCGGGCGUGGGCAGUGGUGGGCGAAUCCAGCCGCGUCCCCGGUCCCCAGAGCUGGGCUUCGGAGCCCCUAAGUUUGAGCGGCCCGGCGGGCGGCGGGGCAAGAGGGGCGGACGCUGGCCGUCUGAGCCGGCGCGGCCCGGCCCUUCCGGGGCUGCGCGGCUCCCCCGCCUCAGAGCCGGCAAAAAUGUGCCUAGUCACGGGGCCACUCUCGGGGGAACUGAGGUCGCCUUCGGGCUGGGACCCAGAGCCCCUUCGCCGCGCCCCAAGACCUCCGUGUGUGCGGGCUGCGGCGCGCUCACCCCGCUGGGCCGUCUGUGGGCGCUGCUUUGCGAAGUCAUCCAUCUGUCGGAUCACUCUCUGGCAGCCUUGAGCUUUCUUGAAAGCUCAACCCCGGGACGAGGGAGGAGCGCCUGAAGUGCCCAGCGGGCCCAGAAGCCCCGACGUGUGGCGGCUGAGCCGGGCCCCGCGCACUUUCUCGGCCGGGGAGGGGUUCGGGCCCGGGCACCCGGAGUUGGCCUCUCGCAACGCCGCGGGAAAGUGCGGGCGAGGGCAGCGGACUCUGAGGCCGGAGUCGGCGGCACCCGGGGCGUCUAGUUCGGACGCGGUGCCCCCUGGUGGCGCGCACCGCGCGCGUGGCUUUGGCCUCUGUGACAGCGGUCUGUUGGCCGUCACAGCAGCCCUCGGUUGGCCCUUUCCUGCUUUAUAGCGUGCAAACCUCGCCGCGCCAGGGCCAAGGGACAAGUUGGAGCUGUUGAUCUGUUGCGCAAUUGUUAUUUUCCCCAGAGCGGCUUUGUCUUUGGAUUUAGCGUUUCAGAAUUGCAAUUCCAAAAUGUGUAAGACAGGAGAUUCUCUUCUGUGCUGUCAAGGGACAUGGAUUUGAUUGAUAUACUUUGGAGGCAAGAUAUCGAUCUUGGAGUAAGUCGAGAAGUAUUUGACUUCAGUCAGCGACGGAAAGAGUAUGAGCUGGAAAAACAGAAAAAACUUGAAAAGGAAAGACAAGAACAACUCCAAAAGGAGCAAGAGAAAGCCUUUUUCGCUCAGUUACAACUAGAUGAAGAGACAGGUGAAUUUCUCCCAAUUCAGCCAGCCCAGCACAUCCAGUCAGAAACCAGUGGAUCUGCCAACUACUCCCAGGUUGCCCACAUUCCCAAAUCAGAUGCUUUGUACUUUGAUGACUGCAUGCAGCUUUUGGCGCAGACAUUCCCGUUUGUAGAUGACAAUGAGGUUUCUUCGGCUACGUUUCAGUCACUUGUUCCUGAUAUUCCCGGCCACAUCGAGAGCCCAGUCUUCAUUGCUACUAAUCAGGCUCAGUCGCCUGAAACUUCUGUUGCUCAGGUAGCCCCUGUUGAUUUAGACGGUAUGCAACAGGACAUUGAGCAAGUUUGGGAGGAGCUAUUAUCCAUUCCUGAGUUACAGUGUCUUAAUAUUGAAAAUGACAAGCUGGUUGAGACUACCAUGGUUCCAAGUCCAGAAGCCAAACUGACAGAAGUUGACAAUUAUCAUUUUUACUCAUCUAUAUCCUCAAUGGAAAAAGAAGUAGGUAACUGUAGUCCACAUUUUCUUAAUGCUUUUGAGGAUUCCUUCAGCAGCAUCCUCUCCACAGAAGACCCCAACCAGUUGACAGUGAACUCAUUAAAUUCAGAUGCCACAGUCAACACAGAUUUUGGUGAUGAAUUUUAUUCUGCUUUCAUAGCUGAGCCCAGUAUCAGCAACAGCAUGCCCUCACCUGCUACUUUAAGCCAUUCACUCUCUGAACUUCUAAAUGGGCCCAUUGAUGUUUCUGAUCUAUCACUUUGCAAAGCUUUUAACCAAAACCACCCUGAAAGCACAACAGAAUUCAAUGAUUCUGACUCUGGCAUUUCACUGAACACAAGUCCCAGUGUGGCAUCACCAGAACACUCAGUGGAAUCUUCCAGCUAUGGAGACACACUACUUGGCCUCAGUGAUUCUGAAGUGGAAGAGCUAGAUAGUGCCCCUGGAAGUGUCAAACAGAAUGGUCCUAAAACACAACCAGUACAUUCUUCUGGGGAUACGGUACAACCCUUGUCACCAUCUCAGGGGCAGAGCACUCCCGUGCAUGAUGCCCAAUGUGAGAACACACCAGAGAAAGAAUUGCCUGUAAGUCCUGGUCAUGGAAAAACCCCAUUCACAAAAGACAAACAUUCAAGCCGCUUGGAGGCUCAUCUCACAAGAGAUGAACUUAGGGCAAAAGCUCUCCAUAUCCCAUUCCCCGUAGAAAAAAUCAUUAACCUCCCUGUUGUUGACUUCAACGAAAUGAUGUCCAAAGAGCAGUUCAAUGAAGCUCAACUUGCAUUAAUUCGAGAUAUACGUAGGAGGGGUAAGAAUAAAGUGGCUGCUCAGAAUUGUAGAAAAAGAAAACUGGAAAAUAUAGUAGAACUAGAGCAAGAUUUAGAUCAUUUGAAAGAUGAAAAAGAAAAAUUGCUCAAAGAAAAAGGAGAAAAUGACAAAAGCCUUCACCUACUGAAAAAACAACUCAGCACCUUAUAUCUCGAAGUUUUCAGCAUGCUACGUGAUGAAGAUGGAAAACCUUAUUCUCCUAGUGAAUACUCCCUGCAGCAAACAAGAGAUGGCAAUGUUUUCCUUGUUCCCAAAAGUAAGAAGCCAGAUGUUAAGAAAAACUAGAUUUAGGAGGAUUUGACCUUUUCUGAGCUAGUUUUUUUGUACUAUUAUACUAAAAGCUCCUACUGUGAUGUGAAAUGCUCAUACUUUAUAAGUAAUUCUAUGCAAAAUUAUAGCCAAAACUAGUAUAGAAAAUAAUAUGAAACUUUAAAAAGCAUUGGAGUGUCAGUACGUUGAAUCAGUAGUUUCACUUUAACUAUAAACAAUUUCGUAGGACACCAUUUGGGCUAGUUUCUGUGUAAGUGUAAAUACUACAAAAACUUAUUUAUACUGUUCUUAUGUCAUUUGUUAUAUUCAUAGAUUUAUAUGAUGAUAUGACAUCUGGCUAAAAGCAAAUUAUUGCAAAACUAACCACUAUGUACUUUUUUAUAAAUACUGUAUGGACAAAAAAAUGGCAUUUUUUAUAUUAAAUUGUUUAGCUCUGGCAAAAAACAAUUUUAAGAGCUGGUACUAAUAAAGGAUUAUUAUGACUGUUAAAUUA